UGGAACCGUUGGGAAACCCGGGUUCUCUGUCCGCUGGGGUGCCAACCUAGGAAGAGUAUUUCCCGGAGCUGCCGUCUUUACGAAGGAAAAGGGAGAGCCUGCCGAACGAUGGAGUACAACGUGAGAGAAAGCGGAGUUGAGAGUCAGAGGCGGAUUCUUGGUGCCAUCGCCUCAAGUCUUGCUUCAAGCCAUACUGCCCUCCGGACCUUUCGUGUGACUGUAAACUCCGAGGGGUCAGAGAUCACACCUGUCGGCACACGCGUCAUGCCCAGAACCUGGCCCAGUGCUUGCUACACAAGAAAAAUGACAGGGACUCACUUUCCAAGAAAUUACAGUACGUUCAAUGACUUCCCAUCAAGAGCGAGCACUGUUCCGUGUCCUGCCGUUGGAUGAAGGGGCUAAGACUUGGAUUUUCCAGAGACCAUGUGAGUGGCCAUUUCCGGAUGAACGAGGAGCUAAGCACCAUCUUGGGACCAGGACCAAUUUCCAAGCCAGUUCUCCCGGGACACCUCUCCGUGGGACCUUGUCUCCCGGGUGGAAUGACAGUGGUGCUCUCUGCCUCCCAGGUUCCGAGGCAGGCUCUGCAGUGGGCAGCGGGAAUGGCUCAGGAAUUCCAACCCUCCCAGGACCGAAGGACCUGCCAAGGCUCCCACCCUGCCUGAGCAAAAGCUUCAACCCGAGCAGCCCGGAUGUCAGCCACACCUUGAACUUCUACCUCCAACUGCGCUUCGUAAACAGAAUUCUGCUCAAAAGAAAAGUUGGAGAAUCACUUGACUGGGGGGAUUGCAUCACCGCGGUGGAGGACAAGGAACCUGGAGGCUUCGAGGGCCAACCAGAAGAGGCUGACUGCCCCGCCGGAACUACAAUUCCAUGGCAACGAGAGCCUGGACUGUGUAGCUCACCACGACCUCUCCUGCUCCCAGUACAUCAUGAACAUCUUUCCUGCAAGCCAGUAGCAUGGGACUCCCAUGGGAGGGAGAAAUCCAUCUGACCACUCAGCGACACUGGCCACCUGCUUGUGGCCAGGCCCCUGGGCCAGGCCACCACGAGGGGAUCCCCUGCGGUUCUUCCCUUCCCUCUUGUCUGAUGGGACAGUGUUUGCCUUAAAAACUACUAGGACUUCAGAAAAAAGUGCGAGGUACAAAAUUCAGGGCUACAUGCAUGCUGGUACUCUGCCAGAGAUCUGGACGGUUCUCACAUCAAAGUUGCCACCCCUAUGGCAGGAGCCCUCACAGAUCACUAGCCACAGACUGGCCACCCUCAUCUGUCACUGCCGGAAGUGCCCCGUGACCCAACAGCUGGCUUAUCAACAGGGAGCACCCAGCCACCCGGCAUCCAUCUCGUUAAUGGGACGUUAACAUCUUCAACUGGCCGCCUGGGGCCCCAGCGCAGAAUCCAGCUGGGCUGCUGUCUGCCUGCCCCCCGACAUUCAUGGAGGCAGCUCCCAUGGUGCCUUGGAUCCCGCCAACCCACUUGAUCCUUCACUGAAAAUUGAAAACGGUAGCUUCACAAGAAACCCCACUCCGGAGGGCAGAGCUGGGCCAGCUGGGGCCAUGGGCAGCCGGGAAGGGACUAGCACGGACUGCACAAGCGGGUCGAACAGGUCCCCCCUCCAAACCCACUCCCAGCCGUUCAAGAUACUCCGUGUUCUAAAACGACGCCGACUGCACGUCCCUAACCCAGCAGCCACACUCAACAGGGAGUACCACACAAUCAACAGGGAGUACGACGCUCCGGGGACCAGUCGCCCUCCAGCUGCUGGCUGAGAUGGGGAAGGCAGGAGUCGGGUGCUGGAGUUCGGGAGGAGCCACCCUUCCCCAAGCUGGACCGGCUUCCCCUCCUGCACAUCAUCCCCCGCCCCCCCAGCGUGCGUGCCAUUCGGAAAUCCUAUCUGGCACCUCCAGAUGACAUAUGCAGGGAACGCAGCGGUGACCAAGAGGGACACGGUCUCCGCUUUUUGGAGGACAGCUCACAAGUGGGAAGAGAAGUCAACAAGAUGAUUUUGCACGGUAAAUGCUACGAAAAUGACAAAACCGGUGCCAAGUGGAGACUGAAGCUCUUGCGGCAUACGUGGGUGGGCAGGGAGGGCUUCUUGGAGGCGCCACUUGGAUUUAGAUCCGAAUGACCAAAAAAAGCUGCCCAUGUGGACACAGGAAGGAAGGUGUUGUAGGCAGCCAGAAUACCACCUGCCAAGAGACCUCCAGACCAGGUCUGCAGGGGGCUGAUGUGACAGGGGUGGUGCUGGGCUAAAAAAAAAACUACGCUUCCCUCCCAGGGAUCCGUGCACUGGUCUGUCUGUCUAUCCACUGGCCACCCGGCCGGCCAUCCGUCCUCUCAUUCAUUUAGUGACUGAUCUGAAUAAAGCCCGGUGCUAGCACCUGGGGAGACAGAGGCACGAGGAAGCAUGUGGUUUGUGGCCAGAGAGACCGGGCUCCAUUUGAGCUCUUCCUCUUCCUAGCUACCAUCUCAGAAAGUCCCUGGCCCUCCAGAGGCCUCAGUUCUCGAACAAUCUGUACAAGGGGACUAAUGCCAUCGCUUCGUUAGGAAACUGGUCUGUUCUCACCUAUGACUAACACAGGCUGAGGAGGGGGUCACUGGCCAGGAUAAAAAUGAUGAGUAGAGAUUCUACUGUAAAAAACAGACCCCGGCUCCAGGUCGACUGGGUCCGCAGACACUGGUACCCCUGUGUCUCUCUCCCCUGGCCCCAUUUAAGAUGCCGGUGCCUGUGCCCGUGGCUGGAGGAGCCUCCCUAGGCGCAGGGCGUGCUAUCUUCUGGUCCCCUUCCCCUCCCUCUCCGUUGCCAAGCGUCAGACUGGAACCCAACGGAACCCAGCAGGGCCGCUGGAAACGACCAUGGAAGUGCGCCGGUGUCGGCCGUCCUACCUCGGAA